AUGGCUCAUCAGGCUUAUCUUGACAAGUUUUUUCCAUCCUCGGAUAAAGAAAUCAAGCACCCCCUAGAAGAACAAAUCAAAGAAAUGCAGAAAUUCUUCCAUUUGACUGUAACAGGAAAAGUGGAUCCAGACACUGCCAGCAUAACGAAGCAGCCUAGAUGUGGAGUUCCAGAUGUCUCAGAGUACAGGACCUUUCCAGGAACACCAAAAUGGGAUAAAAAUCUGUUGACUUACAGGAUUAAUAACUAUACUCCUGAUCUGCCUAAACACAAAGUGAACAUGGCCAUAGAAAAGGCAUUUAAGGUAUGGAGCGAUGUGACCCCAUUGCAGUUCAGAAGAACGACAAGACCUGCUGAUAUUGAAAUUCUCUUUGCUUCUGGUGCCCAUGGUGAUGGUUAUCCCUUUGAUGGGAGAAGCGGAACUCUGGCCCAUGCUUUUGCUCCUGGAUGGGGUGAAGGUGGAGAUGCUCACUUUGAUGAGGAUGAGACCUGGUCAGAAACCAACAGAGAAAUCAACCUUUUCCUUGUUGCUGCCCAUGAGUUUGGUCACUCCUUGGGACUUGCUCAUUCAGAUGUUCCCAAUGCUUUGAUGUUCCCUGUCUAUUCCUAUGUGGACCCAAAUAACUUCCGCCUUCCAGAGGAUGAUAGAAGAGGAAUACAGAGAUUAUAUGGUAAUUUGAUUGUGGAAAGUCUUCCUUAG